AUGGAAGAAAAGGGAAAGCCGAUGAACAAUGAGGGAAUGGAGGAACGACAUAGAGGGCGCAGCAGAGUUCCUUAUAUUGCAGGUGCCAACAGCCAUUUCAUUCUAAGCGUUGAGAAAGAUGGAAGAGAAUUCUUUGAUAUUACUCCUUUACCCCAAGAGGUUUUCGGUGAAGCCACAGUGAUUCUUCGUGUAAACAACUCAGAAAUGUUGGAUUUUGAGAAAACAAAAGAAAUCGAUUUCCAGGUCGUGGCCCGGGAAGUGGACACACCGGAGAAGCGUUCGAGUUCAGCAACAGUCUUGCUGAAAAUCCAAGAUAUGAAUGACAAUGCACCGGUGUUUAGGAGCGAUACCUAUGAUCUGCAUGUGAAGGAAAAUGCUCGGAUCGGAACUGUGAUAUCGCAAAUAACGGCCACAGAUGCGGACGUAGGAGACAAUGGACGUGUAAGUUACUAUCUGAAAGGAGCCAUGAAAAGGUAAUUUUAUUCGUCUGUUCAUUUUUAUUGAGACAAGUUAGC